AGUGCGUAUUUUCUGAUUAUAUAAAAAAAAAACAAAAAAGUGAGAGAAAAAAGAGGAGAAACUAGAACCGUGAAGAGUCGUGAAGUCAUCGAGACCAGGACAUUCUGGUGCCCACCAGACUAUUAUCAAAGUUUACGUUCAAAACUGCGAACACGGCCUUCGUUUUUAGAUUUUAAAGUGCACAAAAUUUAUCUCAUUUCGUUUCUCGUCUGAAAAUAUAGUAUAUUCACCAUGGCCGCCACAAGGAGACUUCAAAAAGAACUUGCAGAUAUCCGCGAUUCUGGACUUAAGUCAUUCCGUGAUAUUCAAGUUGAUGAAACAAACAUAUUAGCUUGGCAAGGACUGAUUCUACCUGAAAAUCCCCCAUAUAAUAAAGGAGCAUUUAGAAUAGAAAUUAAUUUCCCUGCAGAGUAUCCAUUUAAGCCGCCCAAGAUCAAUUUCAAAACUAAAAUUUAUCAUCCUAACAUUGACGAAAAGGGUCAGGUUUGUUUGCCAAUCAUUAGUGCUGAAAAUUGGAAACCAGCUACUAAAGCUGAUCAAGUUAUUCAAGCGUUAAUAGCCCUAGUCAAUGAUCCUGAACCAGAACAUCCUCUACGUGCAGAAUUAGCAGAAGAAUACUUGAAAGAUCGUAAGAAGUUUUUUAAAAAUGCUGAAGAUUAUGCCAAAAAGUUUGGUGAAAAAAGACCAUCUGAUUAAAAUUCACACUAUAAUAUUUUUAUACACAAGAGUGUCGUUGAACUAUGAUCAACACUAAUUGCAUUACACAGCAACAACAACUUAUCACCAAUAUGUGUAAUCACACAAUUUCGAUCAAUUAGUUGAGAUUACAAGAUUGUAACCAAUAUUUCUAUCACUAUAAUAAACACUAUAAUUUGAAUAAAGGUUUUAUUUUUAUGGUUAGAGAAACAUAAGCGUUAAUGUUUUAAUUAUGCUUUUUCUUAUUUAACGUAUUUAUUAAAUGUUAAUUUUUUUCUCAAUUAAAAUUGUACUUCAAGUAUAAAGUAAUAUAAAUAAUAUGUAAAAAGUAUUAAUAAUUAUAAAAAUAAAUUUUUUUGAAAAUA